CGUUUCGAGACCGACUUCGGAAUGGACAUUUUCUGGGAUGGUUAUGAUUAUUUAGAAGUGCACUUGAGCACUGAUUACCGCAACACAACGUGUGGAUUUGCAGGGAACUACGAUUUUAUUGCUAACAACGAUCUCAAAACUCCUAAUGGUGACAUGGCUGCAAACGUUGAAGAAUUUGGAGAUAGCUGGGUAUACAACACUGAUACAUGCGAUACCAUUGCUGAAGUAGUUGACCCAUGUGUUAAUAGAACAGAAAGCGAAAUGACUGUCAUAAAAAAUGCAUGUAGUAUAAUAUAUGAUGUUGAAGGUCCAUUCAGAGAUUGUUUCAGACAUGUCAACUAUGCUGGGAUCAAUGACACGUGUGUGUACGACUACUGUGCAACAUAUGACGACAUCAGCUCUGUCUGUGAAAAUAUCGAGGUGCUUUCACACAGAUGUAAUCAGAGGGGAGCAACGAUAUAUCCAUGGCGAUCAGAAUCAUUCUGUCCUAUUAAUUGCACGGCAAACUCCGAGUAUACAAUGUGUGCUAAUCUGUGUGGUCCUACUUGUGCGGACCCCGACGGCCAAUGUCGCCCAACAUGCUACGAAGGGUGUGACUGUCUCGAUGGAUUCGUACGUGACGGCAUGCACUGUAUACCAGUUCAAGAAUGUGGCUGUAUUAAAGAUGGAUACUCUUAUAUGGUUGGUGACCAGUUUAUUGAUGAUGUAUGUAAUCAGCAAUGUACGUGCAAUGCUACAAAUAACAUGGUGUGCUCUCCAAUAUUCUGUGAUACUAAUGCGACUUGUGAUGUAAGAGGUGGUUUGCGAGGAUGUUUCUGUGACGAAGGUUACACAGGAAAUGGAUUCAGUUGCACUGAAGGUCGGUCAAUACUGCAUUGA